UCUGUCCCUGUGAAUUUGACCAUUCUAGGUUGGAGCUGUCCUGUUUCUUAAAAGCCCGUGUCUGUUUUGCUGUUGGGCCAUCUGUUCUCACUGCCAACAAAAUGUUUGGACAGCCAGGGCUACAAAAGUUCAGGAGAGGAUAAGAUCUUUAGGAUGGGUUAGUCAGGAAAGGCUGCCUGGAGGAGGAAGAGGGGGAAGGAGGAGAGGAAGCCCGUACCCACUUCCCUGGGAGGUGGAGAGUGUGCUGCGUGGGUGAGUCAGGGAUGCUUGACCCUGGUGGCCUGCCCUUUGGAUUAUGACAGCCACCUCACCAGCACCAACCUUUGUCCCCAAGGGAGCUCCCGUCAGGUGGGUGGGGGCACCAGGCCAUCUCAGAAGGCCAGUGGCUCGCCGAAGGGUGAAGCAGACGCACCUGCAGCCUCCAGAAUCAUGGGGACAGGGCUACGCAGUCAGUCCUUGCGAGGACCACGGCCCUCCUACGGCAAGCUCCAGGAGCCCUGGGGGAGGCCUGCAGAAGGCCGACUGCGCCGGGCGCUGAGCCUCAGGCAGGGCCGUGAGAAGUCCCGGUCCUCAGAUGGAGGCCCAGAACGGCUGGACACCCCCGGUCAGGAGCGGCUGCCCGGGAGCCUGGGGGACACGGAGCAGCUGAUCCAAGCGGAGCAAGAAGGCAGCCAGAGGUGGCUGAGGCAGUAUCAGCAGAUCAGGAGAAGGUGGGAGAGCUUUGUCACCAGCUUCCCCAACGUGACCCUGAGCCGGUCAGCCUCCCCACAGCCCCCACUGGGCACCACCAGCUAAGGAGGCCACGAGCGGUGGGGACCCUCGCUGCACCCAGAUGAGAUGGCACGCCUGCUGCCCUACCUCUCCAUGGCCCUCUGGACUGUGUGAAUGGGGUGACCGCCUCUCUGUGGACUGUUCCCGCCUUCCCUAAUGGCGCGCCCAGGCCUCCGCCACCAGGACAGAGCUCGGUGAAGCCAGACCCAUGGCUGAGCAGCUCUGGCACAUCGCCUGGUCACUGGGCCAUGCCCGACCCACCCUUCUCAGCAGCUGCCAGCAGUGGGUGGGGCCUGGGCCUCCCUCCCCAACGGUGAGCCCUUCCCCAGGACAAGGACCAUGUCUGGCCUGUGUCUUGUCGCGUGUUGUCGCUCUCCUCACAGUCUCCCGAUGAAGGAAGUCCCUCCCUGCUCAACAGGGGAGAACUAAGGCCCGGAUGGGGGAAGGGAUUGCUGCCGAUGGCAUCUCCGGCCACACCCGCACCCAAUGCCCAACACUGCGUUGAACACAGGAAUAAAGGUUGCCGAGCUGAAGUAAA